UACCUGCCACCGAGUAUGGCAGUGCGCAGGCGCGGGAGUUCCAAAGCGAAACUGACUACGAACCAGACUGCUGCUCUACGGUACCGGAGAAACGUUUAACAAACUGAUAUCAGGCGUCCAGAAUGUACAGCCUAAGUAAAUGGUUUGGGAGCGAAGUGGUUGUAAUGACGGACUGAAAGACAUUUAUUUACUCAAAGGAAUGCGGAUGAGGAGUUUCUACAGUGUGAACGGCAGUAAUGGCUGUAGUCUCCGCAUCUGUGAGGAAUUUAAGCUAAAGUUGAAGGCCAAGGGUCAGACUGAGGUGAUGUUACCAAACCAAUGUGACUACCUCCUGGCCUUCUGUACCAUCAGUACACGGCCGGGUAUUGAUAUCCAUGAGACUAUGGAGAAAUGUCCAGGUGGAAAGCAGGUUAUUUUGGUGGUGCUACAUCAUACCUAUGACCAUGGAAAGUUUGUCUCUCCCAAGGCAAAAGAGAUUUCAGCAAACAUCCUCCUCAGUGUGGACGUCAUGUUCUAUGAGGGAAAGAUGCUGGAAUGCCCCCACAAUGAAAGGGAAUUUGAUAAGAUCCUGAAAAUAGUUGGAUACCCCUAUUCUACGUUCAACCGUUUGAAAAACUGGGUCAUCCGCAUGUGCUAUUGGUUGGUAAAACCGAAGGUGCUGCUGGCUAUUCUCGUGUUCGGAGGGACACUGUGGUUUAUUUUCUCCAAUCGAGAAGUACCAAAGAAAGAUCGCAGUCUCUUCCGCAAGGACUCUGCCAGUUUAUGGAACUACUUGCCAACAUUUUCGAGUCCAUCACCUUGAUGAAUCUAGUAAUUAAGGAUGCUGUUUGUAACAUGUUGAUGGAUGUAAUUAUUCCAGGUGCUGUAGAUAAGAUUUGAAAUAGCGGAAGAGAGCAAGCCAAACAAAAAUAUGUUCUCACCGAGCAUUCCACUCACUAAUAGCUGAAUGAUGCAUGGCAUUUCUAUACAAUUAUUAAACUCUAUAUAAUAUAAUAAUAGAUCUUAAAUCUAUCAUUUAUGAAUUAAAUACAUCAAAACGUCUAACUAUAAUCUAGAUAAAUAGGGUUUGUUUACAACCAACUGUGUUAAUGUGUUGCACCAAAUGUGUAUCCAAUUCAUAAAGGAAAUAAAAUACUGAAGAUAUAUA